AUGGACACUGGGUCCAGUCAAAAGAAGACAUGCGGAUUCUUAUCAAAGAUGAAAAACGCCCUCAAGUCAACGCCCAACGAGCGGUGGAAGGAGAUUGAGGCGCAGCGCCCACCGCGGCGCGACAGCGAUGAGUGGUCGUACAUGACGGACCCGGAGGACUCGACCAAGCGGAUCAAGAAGCGCAAGAAGAAGAUGGUGACGUACAACGCCUACCACACGCAGGGCUAUGAGGACUACUGGACGGCCAAGCUGGGAAGAUUCUGA